ACGUGCUUUCCUGAGAUUUCCCCACUGGGGAUUAGUAAAAAGUAGUACAAAUUAAAUUAAAUUAACAUUCAGAAAAGAAUGAGUGGACAUAAAUCAGUGCGCCUGCAGCUCUCAGUGGCGGCUCAAGGAACUGCAUGAAGUGGAAAGAGGAGGAGAGAGGAAGUUCUCCAAAACUUUUUUUUCCCCCUGAAAGGAUUCUGGAGAAGCUCCGUUAGAUUUUUAGAAGAGGGGCAUCCGACCAGAGGAAUAGAAGAAAACGUAAGGGAGAUAACAGCGUCAAAGGGGUUAUCCCUUCUUCUCUUUGUGUCUCCUCACAUGAAAGCCGUGGAAAAAGGACGCGUGUUUGCUUUUGUCCUGUGUAUUUUGUUCCUUACCAGACUGAGAGGACUUGUACCAUCAGAGGCGAUGAGAUGUGAGUGAGCUAUGCCUUGUGGAAAUGGACAGACUUUAUCCAAGCGAAAACAUGGCGUCUGCUUCCCGAGGUUUAGCUUCUUUUCCAGUCUGCUUGUGGCGCUCUGCUGCCUGGAGGCAUGGGGCUCCGGGCCGCAGGGGGACGGCGGCAGGAGUUGCAGCCCCUGUCCCGUUAACUGCAGCUGCGCGCUGGCGGAGCCCCAGCCGUCCUGCGUCGUCAACUGCUCCAACAUCGGGCUGGAGAGGGCCCCAGCUGCGGCCGACGUCCCGCUGGCCACCAACGUACUAGAUCUUUCCAAGAACCACAUCUCCUCCCUUGAUACCAGCCUGCUAGAUCGCCUCACUGGCCUCAGAGAGCUGAAUCUUCAGGGGAAUCGGAUCAAUGUUCUCCCCAGAGUAGUGUUCUGCUGUGGGACUCUGUCAAUUCUCGAUCUGAGUAACAAUCAGAUCACCACCAUAGAAGAAGGAACAUGUGGAAACCUUUGCAAUUUAACUCAAAUUGACCUGAGCAGUAAUCCCUUUGAUUGUGACUGUAAGCUGUUCCGACUGGUUAGCCGGCUCCAGGAAAGAGGGGUGCAAGUUCGACGCCCAGACGCCAUGCUCUGCAACCACCCUCCUGAGCUGCGCCACCAGCCUCUGCUCAACGUCAGCCUCCUCACCUGUGGCCUGAACUAUGCAGCCUGUCUUGAGGACAGCAGCAGUGGAGGAGGGGGACGGAGCGAGCUUGUUAUCUUCUCUUCCUCCACGCCCGGAAACUUCACACGUGAACAGUGUAACAGUGUGUGUUUUGCUGCAUCCCACCGCUACGGUGGCUUGGGGGCGAGGCACGAGUGCCUCUGCAGUACAAACUCAGAGCCAAACUCCAUCAGCAAGUCUCAGUGUUCCGCUGCGUGUACAAACCCCCGUGUUAUGAAGGAAUGUGGGUGGACUCUGGCUCAUGAUGUGUUUGCGGUGGACUUCGCGGUCUCACUGAAGCCACUCCCAUUGCAAAGUGUCCACGAUCACAUCAGUUUCUCCGCCGCGUCCUCUGUCACUCCGGUGACACUGUCCUGGGACUUUGGGGACCUUUCGUCUCGGGUCAACACCACAGGAACAGGGGUCACCACAGCAACUCACAAAUACGGACUUCCGGGACAUUAUGCAGUCAGUUUGAUGGCCUGGGCUGGACACAAGGAGGUCUCUGCACGUGGAAAAGUGACCGUCACACUUCCUCCCAAGCUGGAGCUGCUUUGUCCACCUCUUGCUGUGGCCAAUAAGAGCCUGGAGUUCAAACUUGUCAGCUGGGGGGGUGUUGGCUUGGCUGUAGACUGGAAGAUUUCAAAGGAUGGUGACCAAGUUGCCAAAGCCUCCCCUCAUUGCCCAAAGGACGGGGUGUACCACGCCGAGUCCUCACACUGUUUCCAGAUUGUUCCAGUGGAGAUGAGCUGGACAGAUGCUCGACAGCAGUGUUCAGACCGUGGCGGGGAUCUGGCUAUAGUCAGGAGUGACGCACUGCGUAACCUGCUGGCACCAAGAGUCACACAGGAGCGGGGUGUGUGGCUGGGCUUGAGUGAUGUCAACGUUCCAGGCAAGCUGCACUGGGUGAACGGCUCGGAGGCACAGGAGGGAGAGGAGGGCCUGCCACCUCGUUCCUCGAUCUCCCGCGGAAACGUGUGUGUGUCCCUCGAUCAGCGCGCUCAGACCACUUCACCACACCCAUGCAAUGCCAAGCGGGCCUAUGUCUGCCAGUACAGCCCCCAAGUUCGUGUUCCAGAUGCAGGGAUUUACACAUUGGGCCUGGCUGUGUUUCCAUCCCAUUAUACUUUGCACCGCACCGCUCCCGCUCCGCUCUCUACGCCCCAGCCUCCCAGCAGGGGCAUAGAGUUGCUGUUGUUCCCAGCUCUGAGCUUUGUUCAUGCAGGUCGUCUGUCCUCCCUAGAGUUUGUCACUCAGGAGCUCAUUUUACAAAUCCACGUCCGAUUCCAGACCUACAGACCUCACUGCCAUUACCCCGGCCUGCACUUGCUGCUACCCAGUUGUGGAGGUCCAGCAUGUGCGACGGUGGCUGUUUGUGUCCCCAAUGACACAAGGAGCAGUGAUCCACCCUCUUGCCCACAACUAGAGCAGUGGUGUCCCUUCCAGCACAGGUGCCUGCCUCUCUCCAGUGCCUGCCAGCCAUCUUCCUGUCCUAACUGCACCCAAUCUCACCACCUGCCCCCUGGGGCGCUAAGGCCCAGAUACACCCUACAGAAUGAGGUGGUCUUCACUCUGCCAGCAGGACCAGCUGCACACAUACUGGUAAAAGAUCAACUGGAGGACCUCCUGGUUUCCCGUGGUGAUGUCAUUGCCCUUCAGCACGAUGCUGGCCCCGCCUCGCUUCUUCACUGCCAAUCUUCCCCACAUUCACUGUGGCGACAACCUGUCUUAGCCCUCAACCAAUCAGAGUGGUUCUGGAUCAACAACACCGGACAGUCAACAGACACCUCGGUUGACCUGGACGCCGCCCCUCGGCCUGACCCAGAGCUUGACGUGAAGGCGCUGGUGGAGGAUGGUGAGGGAGGCUGGCUGGACGAAGUAGUUUGCCCUGUCAGGGUGCUGUAUGUGGGACACAAUGAGACUCAGCUGCAGGGAGCACAGCUGUCUGCUGGUCUACCCCAGCCUGGACUCUACAACCUGCUGGUGACUUCAGCUGAGCCAUCAUACCCAGUCUUUGCAUCAUGCGACUUGCGUGUGGUGCCUCCUCUGGGCUUGACAAUCCUCCACCCCACUCCCAAAAAUGGCACCCUCUACCUGAAGCCCAGCAACACCCAGAUACUGCUCCGCGUCCAGUCUCGCUACUUGACAAAAGCAUCUCGCCGUGGCAGCAAUCGCAGCGUGACCUUCCAGUCCGACUGUCCCGAGGAGUUUUCUUCCAGUCCAGCGCUCUGUCAACCGGGGCAGAGCUCACGGGUCGAGUCCGCAGAGCCCAACCUGUAUGCACUGCUGGAUCUGAGCCUGGGGACGGAGGAGCAGAGGAGUCCAGUGCAAAUAGAGCUUGAGGCCCAUAAUAAUGUGACGGAGGCCAGCCUGUCUGUGGUCGUCCACCUGGAAGAGCCGCUCAGAGGACUGAUGGUGCAGCCACACCCUGCACACAGGGUGCUGAUGGAGUCAGUCGUGAGCUACACAGCAUCAGUGCUUGAAGGCUCCAAUCCCACUUUUAAAUGGACAGUGGAUGACAAGCCGUACUUCACUUAUUACAACACUGUCCUCAAUGUCAUUUACCAGCACGCUGCCAUCUACAAGCUCACAGUGACAGCCAUGAACCAUGUCAGCACCCUCACAGAGCAUUUCAAUGUGACCGUGGACCGGCUGCAGCCCAUGGCCAACCUCACAGUAAAUGGUGUGCCAGAUGUGGUCCCUCAGGGCUCUACCCAGACUCUCACCACCUCCGUGCUCCUCGACUUAUCUGUGGCAGCCACCUUCCGUUGGUCAUUUGGUGACGGCGGAUAUAAGGAAUUUGAAUACAAGCCUCCUUACGCCCCCUCCCUCCUCUGCCCGGACUCCCCCAAUCAGGUCCUUCUAAGCAACAACGUCACCUAUAUCUACUCUCAGCCAGGAAUAUACACAGCACUGGUGUCAGUGUCCAAUCGUUAUGAGAACAUCAGUCAGAGCAUCAACAUGAGUGUCUACAGCAUCCUCACUCGUGUCGAUAUACAAACAGAGCCGCAACUCCUCCUCACUGGCAAAUCAGCUUAUUUUGAGGCUCACCCUCUGCCCUCGCCCUAUGGCAUUCACUAUGACUGGCACUUUGGAGACAAUUCUACCCCGCUGCAAGGUCGCCGCGUGACCCACACCUAUGUACAGAGUGGCGUCUUUGAGGUCUGUGUAUCGGUAAACAACACCAUCAGUUCUAUGAAGGCUUGUUCCCAGAUGUUUGUAUAUGAGGAGAUUGAAAAUUUAACAGCUGAAAGCUCCUCACCUACAGAGCUUCAUAGUCCUACUAGAGUAUGGGCACGGCUUGCAUCAGGUAAUAAUAUCACAUGGACAUUCUCCAUGGGAGAUGGGACCAUCUACCCAGCAUCCAAACCUCACGUGUCACACAGGUAUAUCAAAGAUGGCAACUACACAGUGAAUGUGACGGCCUCGAACGCUGUGAGCUCUGGCUGGACAAUCCUCCCAGUGCAGGUGUUUGUCUUCCAAGUUUUGAAGAUGGAGCCGUCUGGGUGUGUCCAAGAGCAGACCGAAGUUAACUUUCAGGCUGGGGUGUCCGGUAACGCGUCGGCUCAUCUUUAUAAAUGGAGCUUUGGGGACGGAAGCCCAAACGAGACACACCACGGAAACCCCAGAGUCUCGCACACCUACCCGACAAGUGGGAACUACCACCUCGCUCUGCUUCUCUCCAGUGGGGUUAACAAGGCCAACUUCUUCAACUGGGUGUGUGUGCAGCCAGCAAUAACCAACAUCAGCCUCAACCUUGAGAAAUACCACUACGCUGCUGGGGAAGAGAUCCGUUUCCAGGCAAGAGCAGAGCCAGAAUUUGACUACAGCUAUCAGUGGGACUUUGGUAGAGAGGAACACUCAUCAGUGCUCAUCAGUGGUUCUAGGAAUAUCGUGACAACAUAUAAAAACCCAGGUCAUUACAAUGUUACAGUCAUUGUCUUCAAUAACAUCUCCACCAGUAAGUUCAGUGUUGUGAUUGAGGUUUUGAUGCCCGUCGGUCCAAUUGUUAUUCAACAUAAUGGCACAAAGUACAAUAACCUUACCCUUAGAGCACCAUACACUUUCACAACGUCUUCCAUGGCUUCCAAUGUUACUUACAUCUGGAACUUUGGAGAUGGAUAUGUGCUUACAGGCCAGAAUAUCCGCCACACCUACAACAUCUCUGGGAACUACAAUAUUACGCUGACAGCAGCCAACACAGUUAGCAGGAAUCACACUACAUUACCUGUUGCUGUGCUUACACCGGUUCGCGGGUUAAAUGUCAAUGCUAGUUUGAUAAAUGUCCCUCUUAAUGCCUCAGUCCACUUUGAGGCCCAAAUGGAGGAGGGAGAUGGCGUGCGCUUCUCUUGGAUCUUGUGUGACCGCUGCACCCCAAUUCCAGGGUUCCAAACCAUGUACUAUACCUUCCGCUCCGUUGGCACUUUCAACAUCAUUGUAACAGCGGAGAGCGACGUAGGAACAGCACAAGCCAGCAUCUUCCUGUAUGUCCAACGUGAGCUGGAGGGGCUGCAGAUUUUAGCAGAAGAGGAGAUCGGAGGAGGUGGGGGCACAGGAUUAGACAGUUGCUGCUUUGCUACAAACCGUGUUCUCCACCUUCAAGCAGGUUUAAAGGAAGGAACCAACAUGACAUUCACUUGGAACCUUAUCAGAGAGCUAGACCCCCUUAGCUCAAGCUUCAACAUAAGCGGGAAGACGGUGGAGGUGAAUUUCUCCACGCCAGGCCGUUGUGACAUCUUUCUCCGGGCAGCCAACCUCCUGGGCCAGCUCUCCGUUAACAGAACCAUCCACUUCCUGGAACCAGCCGGAGGGGUGGACCUGCAGAUCAGCGACAACCCAGUGGCAGUCAAUGCUUCAACUAACCUGACGGUACUAAGUGUUGACGGCUCGGAUCUGCAGUACCGCUGGUCUGUGAAUGGGGACCCUUUGCAGUGGACCAAGUACUGGAAGACCCACACCUUUAUCACCCCUGGCUUAAAGCUAGUUACUGUGGAGGUAUUCAAUAAAGUUAGCUCAGAGGUUAAAUCACAGAUUGUCAGUGUCCAGGAAGUCAUUUCUGGGCUAACAUUCAAUGCUACUAAUGUGACAGAACAGAGUAUGCAGAGUUACGUACCAACAGGUGUCACCGUCUCGCUCGAGGGAAAAGCACUGACAGGAACCAAUGUGACGUGGACAUGGCUGUUGAAUGGAAGAACAGAAACGGGAAAGAAAACGUCUGUGAUUUUCCAGGAGGCAAAAACAGCCAUCGUUACUCUAAAUGCGACCAAUGACGUCAGCGGGCAAGUGGUUUCUAGAGGCUUCUUUGUUCAGGACAAGAUUCAGGGAUUGGAGCUCAGGGCAAGUAAAAACAUUGCAGCAGUCGGUGAGAAGGUGGAGUUCAUCAUAUCUAUGGCAGCUGGCUCAGACGUUUGCCUCAUCCUCAGCAUCAGCGGAGAUGCCACUGUUCACCCUCAACCCGACCAGACCUAUGUCCACACAUUCAGCAGGGUGGAUACGUACAUGGUGAACCUCACUGCUCACAAUCAGGUGAGUUUCAAGAGGCGGCACCUCCAGGUGGAGGUGAUGGAGCCCGUACGAGGACUUUCUAUCCUAGGAAGCUGUGCAGCAAUCCCUGUAGGUGUAAAGAGAUUGUUUGCAGCCAUCAUCCUGACGGGCAAACCUGUUCAUUUCCUGUGGACUUUUGAUCUGCACCACCUCCAUAAGACGUCGCAUAUGGGCAAAGAGGUGUUUUACACGCCAGAAGAACCAGGUUUAUUGACCAUCUACCUGAAGGCCAUCAACGCACUGCAUGCUCAGAACGUCACAAAGCACAUCCUGGUGCAGAACCUGCUGACAGCGGCUGUCCUGCAUGCUUCGCCUCUGGACACUUUCAUUAAUAAGACGGUGACCCUGAUGGUCAAUGUCAUACCCAGAUCUAAUCCUGUGGAGUGCUUGUGGGACUUUGGCGACGGCUCUUCUUCAGUUCACACAAACACCACAACAGUGGGUCAUGAGUACAGACAGCCGGGACUCUACCUGGUCCAAGUGAACUGCAGUAACCUGGUGAGCUGGGUGUUGGCCCAGGUGGAGGUAAACAUCAGUGUAUUAGAGUGUGAGGAGCCAGAAGUGCAGGUGGUUCAAGCCCCCCGUCUGGCCAUCUGGCGCUACCAGCCCACUUUGGUGGAAGCCAGUGUGGACCUGAAAGGCUGCCUACGCUACGGAGCUCAGUACCUAUGGCAGAUACUCUCAACACCCUCCUGUGAUAACGAUAGAGAUCACAGUAUUCCCUCUGGGGUGGUGACUCAGUCCUCACAAUCUUUGCCUGUCCCGGUAAUUCGGCUGCCAAUGGAGGUGGAUGUGCGGCGACUGCAGCUGUCGCUGCCAAAGAUGGCUCUGGCAGCAGGGAACUACACCUUGGUGUUUUCUAUGUCCUAUGAAGGCGUGCCGCUAAGGAAGGCCGCCUGUCUGCAGCUCAGUGUCAUGGCUACCAGACUGAUGCCCAUCAUAGAAGGGGGCACCUACAGGGUGUGGUCGAGGACACAGGACCUGAAGCUCAGUGCUGUGCAGUCCUACGAUCCCAACAUGGACCCAGACAGCCAGUCACUACUCCACUACCACUGGGAGUGUCAAAGCACUUCGAAGGGUGCAGAGCAUUGCUCCAGUCUUAACUUCGGCUUGGGCACCAGCGAUCCGGUGCUGGGAAUCUCCGGCUCUGAGCUGGAGGCAGGAGUCGAAUACACUUUCAGACUGACCAUCAGCAAAGCUGGCAUGGCGCCAGAGUCCACCAUACAGACUGUACUCGUCCAGAGUGGCCAUAUUCCCAUGGUGUCUCUGGAGUGUGUGUCCUGCAAGGCCCAGUCCAUCUACGAGGUCAGCCAUAACUCAUAUGUCUACCUCAAAGGAACCUGCACCAACUGCCAGGGAUUUCACCGUGGGCGCUGGAGUGCCAUGACGCUUCAGAACGAGACUCUGGUCCUAAACUCAUCCUCCACCACCACAGGAAGUCAUGGCAUGAAUUUGGUGCUGCGACAGGGUGUCCUGCGCCAUAAAGACUCCUACAACUUCACCCUCCACGUGACCGACGGCAGUCUGGAUGGCGAUGGCGUUGCCUCCAUCACUCUGCACCACAACAUGCCCCCGGAUGGCGGGGAGUGUCACCUGAGAGGGGGAGGGGAAACAGGGGUGGAGUACAGCGACAGAGACAUUAAAGUGUGGAGGAUACGUACACUUUUGGACCGAGUGCACUUCAACUGCUCAGGUUACAGUGAUCUAGGGGUCUCAGAGACUCCUUUGCUCUACAGCUUACAGGUGAAACGCUGCAGAGAUGACUACUGUGAGGACUUCUGUGUGUACAAAGGCAGCAGCCCGGAGCACUCGGCCUUCCUGCCCCCAGGCUUCAGCUCAGCCGGCCAGCUUGUAGUCGUAAUAAUCACAGUGGAGGACCACCAGGGAGCUGCCAUCAUUGCACUCAACAAGACCAUCAAAGUUGUGCUACCAGAUCCGCCCCCUGAGUACAACAAUCUUCCCCAUUGGCUGUCUGAGCUGACAGACAGCAAACUGAAAAAGCUUUUGGAGCAGGGAGACUCCCAGAGAGUGCGAGAGUUAUCGUUGGCUCUUAUUACAGUCCUGAAUGAGUAUGAGCAGAGCAGGGAGUUGGUGCCAAAUGAGCGUGGUUACAGAGUGAGAAUCCGCAGCAACAUCACCAGAGCGCUGACCGCUCUAGACCUGACCACUGUUAACGACAUCCAGCAGACCUCCGCUGCUUUGGCUCAGUGCACGGCGGUGAGUCGGGAGUUCAUCUGUGAGGAGUGUCAGAACAGCACUCUGAACAAACUGGAGUCCAUGCUCAAGAUACUGCAAACUGACACGAGGCUGGGCACAGUCACUCCUACUGAGAUAGCUGACAACAUCCUCAACAUCAUGGGUGAUCUGAUCCAUCAAGUCAGCCAGUCAUCAUCCCAGUCUUACCUCCAGCCUGCCCCUUCCACCUCCUCUUUUUCCUCCUCUGGAGAGGAGCAAGGAAGCACCCAGUUACACCCCUCUCCCCCCUCACUGGAGCCACACCCUCUGCGAGUGGCGGCCAAGGCUUACAGCCUGUCCUCUGUCCUCAUGCGGAUCCUCAUGCACGGCCGUGUGCUCAACGAGGAGCCGCUUGUGCUGAGGGGAGCUGAGAUUGCUGCCACUGGAAAACUGGCAGACCCCCAGAGCCUGCUCUGCUACCAUGGCAACAACAGUCCAGAGUGCGAGCGAUUCUCCAUCCCCAGAGCAUUCAACUACAGUCUUGACAGAGCUGCUCCAGGAAACAGCAUUAUGCAGCUUUUGUUUCAGGUGGAGUCUAACCCCUUCCCCUUCAACUACGUUGCAAACUACACUGUCUCUACCGAAGUGGCAUCCAUGGAGUUCCGCACUGAAAAUGGCACCCAGAUUCCCAUCUCCGGACUGAACGACAGUCUGGCCAUCACUGUUGCUGUUAACAAUGGAAGUAGCGGAGCAGAAGCAGGUCCUGAGGGUUUUGGUUCCGGAGGGGUCCCCACAGCUGAAGCUGUUAACAUCAGACACUGUGACUCGGUCAUUGUCAGGGUCAGCACGGGAAACAACAACCGACAGGCGGGGCUCUUUGUGCAGCUCAACUUCACCUCUCUGGAGGAAGCUAAAGAAAAGGUCAAAAAAGAAGAGGAUAGGGAGGAGCCAUACAUCACAGCCUACCUUCAUUCACAUGGAAGACCCGAUGAGUUCAACUGCACUGACAAAAAACGCAUCACACUCAGCAUGACCCGAGGGCAAGAUCUCGACCACAGGAAAUACACCUUCUUCCUGUCACCAGAGUCUUACGACACCACUCUGGACUACUUUAUCAACGUGAGCACGGCCUGCAGCCCCAGCUCUCAGCCUGUAGGUGUUCGACUUGAGGUCGGGGUGUUUGCCUCUCUGUGCCAGUACUUCAGUGAGAGUGAGAAGCAGUGGCGGACAGAUGGCAUGGUGCCCCUAGCAGAAACCAACACUAGCAGAGCUGUUUGUCGCACCAGGCACCUCACGGCCUUCGCAGCAGGCCUUUUUGUCCCGGCCAAUGCCAUCAGCUUUACAGUGCCAGAGCGUUCUGGUGCACCAAGCCUGGUUGUGCUGUUAGUGUGUGUGUUGGGUUUACUAAGCUAUGCUGUGGCAGCAGCCAUCCUACACAAAUUGGACCAGCUGGAUCUACGCCGGGCUGGUGUGGUUCCACUCUGCGGCCAAGACGGACUCUUCAAGUACGAGGUCCAGGUCAAGACUGGCUGGAGUCGAGGGGCAGGCACCACGGCUCAUGUGGGAAUCAGUUUGUAUGGACGUGAGAGCCGCAGUGGACACCGCCAUCUCGACAGCAGAGGAGCUUUUACGCGCAACGCUCUCGACAUCUUCCACAUUGCCACGGAUACCAGCCUGGGCAGCAUCUGGAAAAUACGAAUUUGGCAUGACAACAAGGGUUUGUCUCCAGCAUGGAUGCUGCAGUACAUCUUGGUCAAAGACUUGCAGACAGGAAGCAGCCACUACUUCCUGGUUGAUGAGUGGCUGUCAGUCUACAAUGAGAGAACUGACGGACGGGUGGAGAUUGAGGUGGAGGCCUCAGAGGAGGCUGUACUGCAGCUGCCCCGCCGUCUGCGGUGUGAGCUGCAGAGGGCUCUGUGUGAGAGUCACCUGUGGCUGUCUCUGUGGGAGAGACCCCCCCGCAGCCCAUUCACCCGCCUACAGAGAGCCACGUGCUGCGCCUUGUUACUGCAGCUCAUUGUAUUGGCCAACACGCUGUGGUACAGCAUUGUGGUAGACAAGAGAUACAGCCCGCAGGCUGUGUCAAGGAUUUCUUCAUUAAAUGAAGAGACAGUGGCAGCGGGCGUGGUGACCUGUCUGAUUGUCUACCCUGUCUACCUGCUCGUCUUCACGCUCUUCAGAAUGAGCCGCAGCAAGUGCGUGUCUGUGGAGCAAGUGCUACCACAAGUGGAUCAGGAGUCGGUGGAGAUUGAUGACUUUCUGGACGACUCCAUGGCUGGAAGUUCUUUCCUUUUUUUUAAUGGCGAGACCAACUCAGAAGAAACCAACGUGGACUUUCCCACUCCAUCAACCAAAAGUGGGGAGAGUUGGGUUAUGGCAGAGGAAGAGAUGGAGGACAGGGAUUGGCCAGAGCUGUUGAGUGAUGUGUCUGUGGUGGGAGGGGCGGGGCAUGGGGCAGGGCUGCCCAGGCUGAAGAGGGGUCAGGGCAGCAGGCACCUGGGUGUCGACAUGACCUUUAACCCUGAUGACGAGGAGGGGACUGAACAACGCAACAAAUAUUUCACCUCCUCAGACGAGGACCUGAUCAAACACAUCCUGGCAGAUGGACAGAACUUUUUUCCUCAGGCAGAUGAAAGUGAGAUGGCUGACCUGUCGAGCAUUUUCGGAGACAAGACUGAAGUGAUUCUCCUCCAGAAGCUGAAUGAGCCUCUUCCUCUAGAAUCUAUGAGAAGAGAACCACCAAAAACUGCUUUCACCUCAAACACGGUUGUGGCAGACGUCUGUCGUCCCAGACGGUUUCCUCCCUGGUGUGGACGUGCCGCCCUGUGGGGCAGCUGGGCAGGGAUCACUCUGGCCAGUGGCGUUUCGAUUUGGGCGGGUCACGGCUUCAGUCAAAGUGUGGCCAUGAUGUGGCUCAUCUCCUGUUUUGCCAGUUUCCUGUGUUCCUUUCUGCUGUUGGAGCCAAUUAAGGUGUUUUGUGAGGCAGUUUACUAUGCAGUGGGUGUGCUUCGCCUUCGUCCAGAGGAUCAGGAUGUGCUAGUUGAGUUCCCCCGGGUGGAGAGAGUGGUCCAACGUGUCCCCAGGGUGAGACCGCCACAGGGGUUCGCUCUGUCUCAGGCUCGACACCAGGCCCGCAAGGUCCACAUGCUGCACACCAUGCUGAAGAAUUUCCUGGUUUAUAUGUUUUUCCUGCUGGUGGUUUUGCUUCUCAACUACUCUGACUCGGCAAAAGACACACACAGCCUGAGACUUCGCACUCAGCUGCAGCGGGCGCUACACACAACUGAGUACCACAACAUCAGCAGCCGAGCUGAUGUUCUGAUUUGGCUAAAUGAUUCUCUGUUGCCACGGCUACUGGAUGACUCUACCCUCUUGAGAGAUACGGGAAGCGUGUUACUUGGCACGCUAAGGCUCCGUCAAAUCCGGGACAAGCAAGUUGCAGGUGGUUCCAGGGCCGAAGACAGUAUUUGGGGAAAGGGCUGGGUUCCUACUGCUUUCAGAGCUAAUGAUACAAACGGGGCGUGGCAUCUGGGUCCUAUGAGCUUGAAUAACAUUGAAGAUGUUGUCCAGCAGCUGAACAGAAGCCUGGAGGAGGCCUCUUCCUCCUUACAGCAGCUGCAGCAGCUGCAUUGGCUCGAUUACAGGACCCGUGCUGUGUUUGUGGAGUUCUCGCUCUACAACAUAAACACAAACCUCCUGGCUGUCUUCUCAUUCCUGUUUGAGUUUCCAGUUUCUGAGCGUGCCCAGUCCAGCCUUGACCUCCAUGUCAUCACUCUGUGGCCAAUCACAGGGCUGGACCUGCAGCUCCUUCUAAUGAUUGUCCUCCUCGCCCUGGUGUUGUAUUUCCUGGUGCGGGGGAUCUUGGGCUUCCUCAGGGAAGGCUAUGUGUACUUGCUGUCAACCUGGAGACUCCUGGGCAUCUGCAAACUGGCUCUUGCAGCAUCUGUCUGCGGGCUGCACCUGAGGCGCUGCACCAUGGCCACGCAGCAGUGGGCGUCGUACAUGAAGCACCCACGGGACGCCUUCACAGACUUCUACCCCCUAGCCAGACAGAGUCAGAUGUACACAGAAAUGUCUGCCUUGCUGUUGUUCAUACUGGUGCUCAAGGCGUCCCACCAGUUGCGGUUUCUCCGAGAGUGGGCCGUGUUUGGUAGAGCUCUGCGGCGCUCAGUCUGGGAGCUGCUGGGAGUCGCCCUGGCAUUAUUGCUGUUGAUGUUGGCUUAUUCACACACAGGACACCUGCUCUUCCACUCUGUAUUUGACAGCUAUGGCAGUGUGAGCUCUGCCUGUUUGUCUUUGUUGGGCGCUGGCGGACGUGGUCUGCUAUCAUGGCGUCCAAGCUGGACAUUUACUGGUCCCUCUAGCACCAUCUCUGCGCUGGUGUUCCAUGCGAGCUUUGCCGUACUUCGGCUUGUGUUGCUGUGGUUGGUCACUUCUAUUUUACUGAGGAACUAUCGGCGCGCACGAGCCGAGCUAUACCGUCCAGCUGUGGAUCUCCAAGACUACGAGAUGGUUGAGCUGUUUCUCAGACGGCUCAAAAUGUGGAUGGGGCUCAGCAGGGCCAAAGAGUUUCGUCAUAAGGUGCGUUUUGAAGGAAUGGAGCUGCCACCAUCUCGUUCGUCCACCACCAGCGACUGUAAGUCCCUGUGCUUGCCACCGCUGGACGGUCCUGACUCCCCUCCCACCCCAGACAGCGUUGAUGCGGGCUCUGAGGCCUCAUGGUGCCCGGCCUCCUCCAGCCCCUGCAGCCUGACCGAAGCCCCAGGGAUCGGCCUGGGACUCGGGUUGGGCCUGGGUUUGGGCCUUGGUCCAGGAGUGGUGAUGGGAAGUACCAGCUGGAGGGAGAGAGCGGAGACUGAAGCCUCUCUGAGGAGGCUACUCCCCACCCUGGACGCCCUACUGCAACAGCUUGACCGUGUCACUAUGGCAACAGAGGAUGUGUACCACACCGAGUGUAGACUGGAGCGAACCCAGAGGAAGAGGAGGCGUAGAGGGAGAGAGAGGGGAGGUAGUGGUGGUCGGGGAGGGAAGAGCGAGGCAGGACAGAGAGAAAAGGGUGAGGACAAGGACUCUGCUGGAUGGAGAGAACGAAGGAGUGGCAAAGAAAAACACAAAGGGAGCAAAAAGGGGAAAAAGACGGAUAAAAGUGAACUUUUAAAUGAGUGUGGAAACACUGCUGCCAACCAAAAAAAGACUCCAGUAGCUACACCUGUUCCCUUUUUAAAGACCAGACCAUCCUCCACUACACAUACGCCCGCUCCGCAAUCAUCAGCCAAACCUUCACUCAGCGCACCUCCACCUCCAAUAGUCACAGAUAAAUCUGCCUCUGACACCUCCUCUCUUCCAGUUUCAUCAGAAAACACUCCACCUUCCCAUGUCCCACUGCCCAAAACACCCUCUGCACCUCCAUGUACCCCUGCACCUACCCCCUCCUUGUCAUCUACACCUGCCCCUACGCCCAGCAGCCGGGACUGGGACCCCCCCGCAGAGAGAGAGCCCCUGCCCUCCUCCAGCCUGUUCAACCACCCAGCUCACACUACCACCAUUCCUACACGCAAGAGAAAACGCAAACCUCCACCCCUUAAAAACAAGGUGCACCCCAACCUAGACAGGCACAGCCCUGGACACCCCAAAUCCUAAGGACGUCUGGAUAAAUUGACAGCCAGAAGUAAAAGGUAGAGCAAAAACAAGGUGGGUUAAAGAUGAGAGGAAGAUGGGGGCAGCAGGUUUUGUCCCCACCCAGAGAAAAGGAGAGAAAAAAGUGGAAGGGAAAUAAAUAGGACAAGGUACAGGAUGGAAACACAAAUAAUCACAGAGACAAGCGGUUUAGGCAAUGAAAGAUGAACAGAAAGCAAGAAAAUAAGACUUUGCACGUUUACAAGCAGUGAUCCGUCCAAAUCCCAGUUCAGUUCUUUAUGAAUCACGGUGCAGGUCACCAGAUGCUAAGUGAGCUGGUUUAGUCAGCAAGUAAAGGUCAACAUUAAAAUACUUCUAUUCCUUAUUUCCCCGGACUAAACCUAAUCCCAUGAGACCCUGGAGGUCACGUGGGGUCACUGACAGGAGCACAUGAACGUGCUCACCUGAGGAUUUAACUAACUAAAAGCAGACAAUGCAAUUGGUCUUUUUUAUGUAUCAGAAAAAUUGUGUUGAUUUCUCAGUUAUGUUGUCCGUCUACAUAUUUUUCUCUUGUAUAUUUCGGUCACCAUGGGUACUUGUGGCCUGUUUGGAAAUAGUCAUGUUAUAUGAACCCAAUUUGGCAUGCAGGCACACACAGAUACACACACAUGCAGGUAUACACAUGCAUAGAAAUAACACUGUAGGCACAGACGCGCUAAUUUUAAUCUGCCAUACACACAGGUACAAGAGAAAACAAAAUGAAGCAUGUAUACACAUGCACACGCGCACACCCACACUCACAACACACACACACACACACACACACACGCGGUUGUUGGGAUCCCAGCAGCCAGUUUUUCAGGGCGCAGAUAUAACCAUCCUCUCCAUACUGAAAAAGUACGGAGAAAUUUAAAAAAAGAUAAGUGGAAACCAAGAGUAGUGACAAGGAGGAAGUGUGGUAAGUGCUAGCGCUGAUAAAGUAACGUAGGAGCGUUAGCAAGACGAGGUAAAGAAGAAGGAUAAGAUGAUGCUCAGUGGACAAGAUGAUUGUAAAUAAAAGUUGAGGAAGCAGGAAGGAGUUGCCUUCAUUUUUACAGUACUGACCAUUUACACAAGUUCUCCCAUCAUAAAGCUAAACUGACUCCCAGUCUGAAUAUCGUUUCAAAAUGUUGUGUUCAGUAAGGUUGUAAUUUAAAAGCACUUUUGUUCUGAUGUAGAUUGUUUUUGAAUGAUAAUGUAUAGUAAUAUGCUUGGUGUCCAAACCAACAAAGAAAUCUUUACCCAUACUGUAUCUUAACCAUAAAUGUUGCCAAAGCUUAUGCGUCAUGUAUACAUUUUGAGUUUUACCAUGCCAAGUAAUUCAUUAAUUAAUUGUGUACUUAGCACUUUAUUUCCUAUUUGAGCUGAUAUGCAAUGCCAUAUUUAACUCUCAUGUGUCUAGAUUCCAUGUUAACACAUUAUUGAAACAUCCUAGUAAGUAUUAUCAAGUUGUUAAAGCCACAGCUAGCAGUCCUACAGUGUACUUUUGUCUGCUCUUUGGUAGUUUUCAACUUUCCUGUUUUUUGUCUCAUUUUGAUUAACAUACAGUACAUACUUCCUGUGUCCAUUGGACAGAUCUCAGGGAACAGACCCUUUCCCCCCAACCUGGGAAGACAACCAGGAAAACCAAAAAUGGGGGCAAAAUAGGUGUUUUUCUUUUAAAAUAAUCUAAAAGAAUUUAUAUAUUUUGUGGUUAAAUCAUGCCAGCCUUAGACUUCAUUUAACUUCUCUCAGCCCAAAAACUGUGGACUUAUGUGACGGAGCCCUGUUUUCUUAGGUACUUACAGGCAGAGUGUCUUCUCCAAUUAAACCCCACCGGCAUAAAGCAAAAUGCUAACCAAAUGAUUUUAUUUUGAAACAUCUCAACUUUAUCCUGCACAAUACGUUGCAUAAGAUAUCACACAUUCCAGGCUCUGAAGAAAAGAAACAAAAAAAGACAGUCUGCGUGUGUAUAUUUCUGUAUAUAUUGGUGCUUUGUGGUGUAUAUAUUUUUGCUUUCAGUGAUCAGUAUUGUUUAUGUGCUGCAGUGGCAUAUGCAUUAGGUCAAGCACUGGUGUUGCAAACCCCAAAGUUUUACAUUUUUUUCAAUCUAACUGAAGCAUUUCAGUCAAAGCUAUACAUGUAUUUAAUAUACAGUUUUGUUCUACAACAGGAAGCUCAGCAGUUGACAGUUAACACCGCCACUCGCCUUCUUAUUCCUGGUCGGUGGACAGCGUGCAACAAGAUAGUGCUAAAGCCCACCUUCUUGUCUUCGCUCUCUGUUUUAUUUAAUGCAUUUUGUUUUAAAAUGGUGUUACAAACUUGUCUUUGAAAACAUUUCAUCUUUGUAUCUCAUACAUCUAAAAAUACAUGUAUCUGUAUUUUGCAGAUGUAGCACUUCUCCUGCUUUUGCACUUGACAAAGUCGAAUAAAGAGUUUGACAGCU